UGUUUGAAAGGGAACUGAUAAUUUUACCAGUGAUGGACAAGGUUCAUAGUUCCUCUUUGUUUUUAUUUUGGUUUUUAUUGGAAUGCCUACUUCGUGUCUGCUUGCCUUAUGAAAUCGAGGAAACAAGAGGCUCACCAGGGAGUAGACAGUUAAAAACACAAAGAGCUCCUAUGGAACAACAACCCAGAGGCAAGCUUUCAAUGUUUGCACCAGCAGUAGUACACCAAGAGGCUACAAGUAAGUCAUUGCAUAGCUUACUGAGAUCAAUAAUUCCACGCAGGCCUGGUCUUGUUCAUGUAAUUUCAGUUUCGAGUAUAGCCUUUGCCAUUGCCUUGCUCUGUGGACUCAUACUCUCCUACUUAAUAUAUCGACUGGUAAAAGCUGAGGAAAAACAGCAGCUGGCGACGUUGUAUGAAAAUGUCGAGAUUCCACUCUUAGAUGAGAAAGAGGCCUCUGAAGAUGAAUAUAAGGACGAAUCUUCUCAGCUGCAUCCAGAGAAUGAGGAGCUGGGGAAGUUCAUUGGCUCAGGUGCUUUGUCAUGUGUGGAUGCAAGGCUGUGAACGGUGCUUUUGUUUUUCCAAAGAAGAUGUGAAUGGUUCUCUCACCUAAAGUCCCAAAAGGAUGUCCUCCCCUCUGUCCCACUUUCCUGGCAGGUGAAAGAUUGUCAUGGGACAUGCCCCUUGGGCUAGUGUCCAGUUAUAA